CGGCUUGCAUACACUCUCGCGCAGUCAUUCGAGCCUCUUCAGAUAACAGUACAUCAGAACAAUCCAGUAACAGACCGAAAAGAACCAUGAUAAGUCCCAGAACAGUUUGUUUUGUGUAUUUUGCAUUGCUCUUCGGAACGCCACAUCCUAACCCCACAAAUGCAACAGAAAAUAACACGUCUGUGACAAGUGACCCCACGCCAACAUCCAACAAUAUCAGAGAGACAUCAAACCUAAACACUGCGACAUCUACAGUCUGCACUCAGGCCACGCCUAAACCUGAGGAAGGACACUGUAUUUUCUUUCUACCAACUGGUAAAUACCACCUGGAACUGAUUGUGGCUGCUCUCACAGUGGGCUGCUUGGCAUUGUUGCUGACCACACUGAUAUGCGCCAGUCAGGUUUGUCACCUGAGAGGAAUUAUCUCUAGUCUCCAGCCUCGUUACGACAGCACUGACCGACAUGCCAGAAGAGAGAAGAGUAAAUCACCAUUCCUGGAUGAAGGCCAAGUGGACAGACACCCAACUGAGACUUGCGUCAUGCUAUCAGAGGUCACCACAGCACAAGAGGAGAGUAGAGAGGAUCAGGAGAACAAGACUGAGGAGAAGAAUGACACAGAGCAGCCCAGCACUGAGCCGCCUGUGAAGGACCCAAAUGGAGACAUCACCCAAGAGAACAGUCCUGAGCCUGAUACAAAAGCACCAGAGAGCUCCGACACAGGGGUGUGAUCACGAUCAGACACUUCUGGUGUCACAACUCCCCCUGGUGGCAUUUCAAGUCUGCACCUGCUUAAGCUUUAACUGUUCUCUACUGCAAAAGACUCAAGAAGAAGGUCUGAAAUAUGAAAGUAUAAAAUUCUAUUGUAUUCUAUAGUAAAAUUCUGAAAGUAAAAAAUUCUAAAGCACUGAAAAUACUGCAAAUAAGCCUGUCACUCUCCACAUCGGCUCUCCUUAUUUUAGGCUAUAACAAUAUUGUAUGACCAUGUUUCAUAUGUGUGCAUUUAUGUUGUCUGUAUUUUAAAUAAUACAUCUGUAUUUUGUUGUCACCUAAAAAUAAAUCU